AUGUCUUCCUCCUCCGCCAUGGGCAAACGCCUCUCGGGCAAAACCAUCCUUGUCACCGGCGCCUCUUCCGGUAUCGGCCGCAGCGUCGCCCAGGAAUUUGCACGCACAUCCCCGCAAAAUCUCAAGAUCGUCAUCACUGCCCGCCGGGUCGACACGCUCAAGGAAAUCGCCGCCGAUAUUAACAAGGAAGUUGGCGAUGGCGUAAAAGUCUUACCUGUGAAGUUGGACAUUUCAAAACCGGAGGAGGUCAGCAGUUUCGUGGAAAAUCUGCCCGAGGAGUUCAGAAGCAUUGACGUCUUGGUAAAUAAUGCGGGUUUGGUCAAGGGCAUGGAUAAAGCGCCCGAAAUCAAAGCCGAAGACAUGGAGAUCAUGUUCGCCACGAACGUGACUGGUCUCAUCAAUAUGACACAAGCCAUCUUGCCCAUAAUGAAAUCCAAAAAGGGAGAUAACGGAGAAGACGUCGGAGGCAGAGGAGACGUCAUUAUGAUCGGCUCUAUUGCGGGAAGAGAGGGUUACCCUGGUGGAAGUAUCUACUGUGCUACCAAGGCGGCAGUGAGGACGUUCACAGAAGCAUUGAGGAAGGAGUUGAUUGCUAGCCGCAUAAGAGUGAUCGAGGUGGAUCCGGGGCAGGUCGAGACCGAAUUUUCCAUCGUCCGCUUCUACGGUGACAAAGCCAAAGCCGAUGCCGUUUACAAGGGCGUGGAGCCCCUGACACCAGACGACAUCGCCGAGAUUGUUGUGUUUGCUGCUGGAAGGAGGGAGAAUGUCGUGCUUGCGGAUUCCUUGAUCUUUCCGAACCAUCAGGUCAGGUUUUACCCGAAUACCCCGACUUUUUGCUUUUGUUUUUGA